CGUUGCACAAACAGGGGUUUUCACGUCAUUGUUACUAUUCAAUUUUCCGAAGAGGAGUUGUGAUUGGUUUGCUGCGAAAUUGCGGAUGUAACGUACAAAAUGAAUCGGCGAAAGCGCGAGAAAUCUCCGGAAGUAUCUUCCAAAAAGCGACGUAGUCGAAUUCAGCGAUGCAGCGAAAGUGAUGAGGAAUCCACCAGUUCACAAGCAACGCCAUUGUCCAAAAGUAUGUCCACAGAUUCAAUUCAACGGGCUAUUAUUCAUGACAUUCAACAAAAUAUUCGAAGUGGCAAGAUCCUGAAAAUGCAGUUGAAAAAUUUUAUGUGCCAUAGGAAUCUUGUGGUGGAAUUCAAUAAACGUGCCAACCUGUUGGUUGGUAAUAAUGGUAGCGGUAAAAGUGCUGUUUUGGCUGCUCUGACAAUUGGGCUAGGAUGUAGCGCGAACUUAACAAAUCGCAGUAGUAGUGUGAAACAGUUGAUUAAACACGGCGAAACGCAAGCUACAAUUGAAAUUCAUUUGGAAAACGAUAGUUUCGAUGCAUUCGAGCGAGAUGUUUAUGGAAACAAAAUUAUCGUGAUACGCACAAUCAACGCAUCCGGUGCCACCAACUAUAAGCUGAAGAGUGAGAGCGGCAGUAUUAUAACGACAAGCCGGAGCGAAUUGCUCAAACUGAUUUUGUACCUCAACAUCCAGGUUGAUAACCCCGUUUGUGUACUAAACCAGGAUCUCGCAAGGUCUUUUCUGAAAGACUCGGACGAAAAGAAACAGUACAGUCUAUUCUUGAAGGCGACGCAAAUCGAUGCCAUUACAAGCAAACUAAACGGGUGCACCCCGCAGCUGGAAAAUGCCAAACAUAAUUUGGAAACAAACGAGAAAAGUUUACGAUUUAUGGAACGAGAGAUUGUUGAAAUUAAGGAAAAGUACGUUACCUUGCAAUCAGUGGAAAGUCUCAAGGAACAAGCACAGGAAGCAAGGCUCAAGCUUGGUUGGCGAAUAGUUACGGAUAAGAGUGGAGAAUGCUCGAAUGUGGAAGAUCAACUGCGAAAUAAGUUAAAUACUGUGAAGGAAUAUAUGAACGUCAUUAAGAAUAAGGGAGCUAUUGAGGAGGAAAUCGAACGAACUAUUCAGCGCUAUCGUAAUGAUAUUGAUGGGAAAAAGGUUGGCUUUGGAGAGGUGAAGGAAAAAUAUAACCAGGCGCGAAAAGUCGCACAACAGCUGCAGGAACAGCUUGCUGACAAGAAGCGGCAAAUGAUGAAAAUUAAGGAUCGGAUGACACGCCAAGCUGAGGAUAUUAAAAGUUUGGAAGCAGAUUUAAAACAGCGAAAUGAAUCGGGAUAUAAUCGGGUUGCUGAAGAGAAGAAACGUAAUGAGGAAAUGAUGGUGGAGGUAACUCGGAAGAGAAGCGAACUACAGGCAAUGAUAGAAAACGCAAAGCGCGACGUGGACGCGCAUCAUAAUACACUAGCCCAGAUAACUGAUACCAAAGAGGAAAUCAGUCACCGACGGGUGGCAAAGCAGCACGAGAAAACUCGUACGGAAAUGCAGCUGCAACAGUUCGAAUCGUCCUCUCGUGACAAUUUGUCCGUAUUUGGUCAGAAAAUGCCCGCUUUCGUGGCUAGAAUUCGUCAAUUGCACGAACAACGUAAGUUCUCGGAGCUUCCCCGUGGACCUCUAGGCCAGUACAUUAAGGUAAAGGACAAAAAGUGGACCGCCAUGAUCGAAACGGUGAUCGGACCCGGAAUGUUGACUGCCUUCUACGUCAAUUCGGAUGCCGAUCGAACGGCACUCAACCAAUUGAUUCAACGGGAGUUUCCAGAUAUGCGAGGGCGAACUAUCAUUACCAGUCGUUUUCACAAGCAAGUUUAUGAUGUAGGAGAUGGUCGGGCGGAGGAAGUUCAAGGCGCACACUCGUUGAUGAAUUUGAUCAGCGUUAGUGAUCCGGUAGUGAUGAACUGUUUGAUUGACCAGAUUAAGGUUGAAACGAUUCUUGCUGUGGAGGAACAGAAUUUAGCCAUUAAUCUCACAAGUCAGCAGGAAAAUGUGCCCAGAAAUUUGCAGAAGGUUGUAGUAAUGGAACCUUUUUCGGAAUUCUAUCCAAUGCCCAAUUACAGAAGUUACGGUCUGCAGAGACGUCCCGCGCGAUACUUACAGGUGAAUCUUUCGGAACUGAAAAAGCAGACUGAACGACAGAUGCAGCAACUUAAUCAAGAAUUGAACGAGUUGAACCAUUCCAUCGAACUGGAAACUCGCAAACAGACGGAGAAAAAUCGGGCACUGCAAGAGUGCCAGAGGCUACUUGCCAAGUUGCAGCAUGAGCUGAACAUGGUGGACUCAAAAAUUAACGACCUCAAGGCGAUCGAAUAUCCUGCCGAGUCAGAGGAUGUCACCCUUCAAACCGAGUUGGACGAGUUGAAAGUAUCUCAGAUUAAGCUGAGUGAAACGAUUGCUGAGAGCAAGAAGAACUUGGAAGCAUUUAUGCGGGAAAUAGCCGCCCAAGAUGCUAAUAUUCAGGAGAAAAAAGAUCACAUGGGUGUGAUCGAACGGGAACUUCAGGAGAUACAGGACAAGAUUGAUGCGGAGCAGCAAAAGCGGCACGACAUGCAAGCUAAUUCCAAGACAAAACAGCAGCAGUUGGAUCGGCUCACCCAGGAGGUACAAAAAAUGCAAUCCACUCGGAAUGAUCUCAAGCAGUCGCUCGAGGUUGCCACACAGGAAGCACAGAAAAUAGGCGAUCGGAUAGAAGUAACCGAGACACAGGAUGAGCUGAAAAAGGUCAUUUCCUCUAUGGAGAAACGCAUUAAGCACAUCAAUUCAAAGAAUGAGGAUAUUACCGAUGUCAAAGCUAUUCUUGAUAACAAACUCAUGAAGCGGAAUACAUCUUUGCGUUACACAGAGUCUUUGAAGAGAGUUAUCAAAGCACUGCAGAACUCACGUUCAGCUCGCUAUGCUUAUCUACACAAGCUCAAGUCUCACAUGUCGCUUCGUGUGAAACACAAGUUUAACACGGUGAUGCAACUUCGUGGAUUUGUCGGGGAAAUCGUGAUGGAUACAAAGAAUUGUACCUUGGUGCUUUCAGUAGUGCCUCGAGACAAGAACGUUAGCAAUGCAGUUUCAAAUACGAAAUCACUGUCCGGAGGCGAACGUUCGUACUCGACGGUGGCAUUCCUGAUAGCACUGUGGUCUUGCGUUGACACACCAUUCUAUUUUCUGGACGAGUAUGAUGUUUUUACCGAUCAGGUCAAUCGGCACAUGAUGACAAUGUUACUGCUGAACGAGACAAAGAAGAAAGCCGAUCGACAGUUUUGUUUCCUAACGCCACAAGAUAUGAGCAAUAUUCAAGCGACCGACGAUCUGACGAUCCAUCGAAUGGCUGAUCCGGAACGAUGCUAAAGCGCAUUCAAAUCUCUCGGUACUGAAAUUAAAUUUGUUACUUCUUACUUUACCAUUUUAUGCUGUUGAACUGUUGAACUACUUAUUAGGUUCGUUCUCAAAAGAUUCCUUAUAUGACUGAAAUACACGUGGUUGAACCAUAUGAUACCGAUCCUGACAGGAAA